AUGUCAUCACAGACAAUUCGCUCCAUUGGUGAAGGUAAUUGGGGAGCCACAUGCUCAGAUAGCACAAAUGUUACGAAGGCUGGUCAUCAUGAGCUUGUUAGCAUUGUUGGCACUAUGCUAGACUUUUGUGAUGCUGUACAUCACCUCCACAAUACAAUCAGAGACAUCAACAAAUUGCUAAAACUCAAAUUUCUCAUGUCAAUGCUUAAGGGCAUUAUAAAAUAUUUUAGCAAAUCCACGUACUCCACCACCAUACUUCAAAAGGAACAUAAUCUUGCUGGAGACGACAAGCCUGUGAAGGCUCUUAAGAAGAUUGGCAAAACUCAUUUCGGAACUUACUGGACAGCUGCAAAUGCUCUUGAUCCCUGUUUACCCCAUAUCUGCAACCUUGUGGUUGCAAAAAGCAUCAAGUUUAAGAAUAACAAAAUCCAGGGCAUGUUUAUGAAUCGGGCUUCAGGCAAAUAUAGUGAGUUUGAGCAGAGCAUACUUCAGUACAUCAUGAUUGUUGCACCUAUCAUUCGUGCAUUGUGGUCAUUGGAAGCAGCACAUGCAAAUGCAUCAGACAUCUUCAUUUUCUGGCUCGCAAUCAUAGCCACACUCAAUGACCUGUUUUCAAAAGGGCCCAAUGUGACUGGUAUACCAGUAUCUCUCGCUUGUGAAGUGACAGCUAUCAUCAAUAAAUGGUACCAUGAGUUCUUCACUAAUGAAGUCUACUUUGUUGCCUUGACAUUGGACCCACGGUACCCAAACUCUGAUUUCCUCAAAAAGCCUACUGCAAAUGUGACAACAAUUGCUAUUCCCGCAUUAUCUCAGAGAACUGGCCAAUGUACUCCCCUCCCUUAUCCCCAUGCCUAUACUCAUGUCAAAGAUUUCCUCAAAGAAAAGCUUCAGAAAGACCUGGCACACUAUGUUGCGAAUCCCGACUCUGUACUAGCAACUUCAAUCUUCAAAGUACUCUCUGCAGCAGAAGUCAUGAGUGGGUUGCGGCACCAGCUUGAAGCAUUUUGGCAUGGUGAAUGGCCCUUCAAUCAGCAAGUCAAAGAUAGUAACCCACUAGCAUGGUGGGGAUCUCUGCAGGAUCAUCCACAUGCUCGUGUCCUUGCACACCUCGCCAUUAAGAUAUUUUUGGUUCUUGUCAACUCCAUGCCUGACAAACACACAAAUUCGACUAUUACCUGCCAAAACGCCCAGAUGCUCGUUGACAUGAUACAAAUUGGACAAUGGUACAGAAAACAUCAGAACAAGGAUUAUGUGCUGUCAAAAUAUCGUCCAGUUGUCAAGUUCCAGAACAUCGAAGAGAGUGUGCUACAGGCUGUCCAAACUGGCAGCACAGAUGAUGAGUCAGUUGCAGACAUUGACGGAGUAGCAGAUUUAGAUAAUGAAGAUGAAGCCGAGGACAAGCUGUUGGAAUCGGAGAUAGAUGAACACUAG